UAACCCACUUUUUCAGCUUUUGAACACCUGCCUGUUUUCUUCCAUGCUGCCUGUGCCAGGGAUAGUAACCAGCCUGGGCCCAAUGCUACUAGGGACUCUGAACAGCCUGAAUCAAAUACCACAGCAGCUGUACCUGCAGCAAACCUCAGCUAAUGAACUCCGCCCCAGUUUAGGAUCAGCAAGCAUCCUGACCAGCUACUGGGAACACCACCUAUCCAUUUGGCACCAGCUGGGGCCCUGAGUCUACAGGACAGUCACCAGUUUUGCUGUGACAAACCUCUUGGCUCUCUGGUUUUUGGUUUAUUUCUGGAUUUUGACUUCGGGCUUCUCUGAGGUUCUGUUUCCUGGCUCCUAACCCAGGUUUAGCUCUGGUUUUAGGCUUUCCCUGUGGAUUGUCACCCAGAUCCUGACUCUGGACUGUCAUGGACCCUGCUUCAGACCAUACUGAUUUCACAAUGGGCUCCAUCAGUGCAGCAAAUGCUGAAUUCUGUUUUGACCUAUUCCGAGAACUGAAACCUGAACACGUAAAUGAAAAUAUUGUCUACUCCCCACUGAGCAUCAUAGCAGCUCUGGCCAUGGUCUACUUGGGUACAAGAGGAAAUACUGCAUUGCAAGUGGAAAAGGUACUUCAUUUUGAUGAACUUACAGGACUUGAAGACCCUUCAAUAACAGAGCAUGGCAAACCUAAAGGCAUCCAUUUUAAGUUUAAAGACCUUCUCUUGGAAAUCAAUUCACACAGUGCUAAUUAUACACUCAGGAUGGCCAACAGACUGUAUGCUGAAAAGACCUAUUCAAUUCUGCCGCAAUACUUAAAAUCUACAAACAAAUUGUACCAAGCAGGCCUGGAAAGUGUUGACUUUAAAAAUGCUGCAGAAGAAUCCAGAAGGAUAAUUAACUCUUGGGUGGAAAACCAGACAAAUGGACUGAUCAAGGAUUUGUUUGGCACGGGUUCUAUUGAUACCUCCAUGGCACUGGUCUUGGUUAAUGCCAUUUACUUCAAAGGAAAGUGGAAUAAAGAAUUUGAAGAAGAAAACACUAAAGAAAUGCCUUUUAGGAUAAACCAGCAAGAAACGAAACCUGUGCAGAUGAUGCAUCAGGCUGGCUUCUUUAAAAUAGCCUCCAUAGGAUCAGAGAAGAUCCAGAUCCUGGAACUUCCUUAUGCUAAUGAAGAACUGAGCAUGAUCAUAUUGCUACCCAAUGACAUUUCUGACCUAGACCAGCUUGAAAAUACAAUCAACUUUGACAAAUUAAUGGCCUGGACAAGUUCUACCAACAUGAGAAAAAGGAAAGUGGAAGUUUACCUCCCCCGGAUGAAGCUUGAGGAACAAUAUAGUCUUGCACCAGUGUUAAGCUCUUUGGGCAUGACUGACCUCUUUACCCAGUCAGCUGAUCUCUCUGGCAUCUCUACAGGAAGGAACCUGGCAGUGUCAGAAGUCAUCCAUAAAUCAUACAUGGAGGUUAAUGAAGAAGGCACUGAGGCAGCAGCUGCCACUGGAGUAAACAUUGUGCUAAUGUCUUAUGUGUUUCCUAUAAAGUUUAAGGCUGACCGCCCUUUCCUCUUCUUUAUCCAUCACAAAAAAACCAACCUCAUUCUCUUCUAUGGUAGAUUCUCCUCCCCUUAAUAAACCAGGGAUUAUUCAACAGGUUCUGAUCCCAGGGAAUCAACAGACUACUAGUCAUAAUUAAAUCACUACCAAUUAAAAUACAGUAUUUUCUUUCUGUUUCUCUGCUGAUCACAUUAAUUGUACUUUGACUGCCCUGUUCUGUCAAGUGUGAUGAUAAAAAUUAAAUUCACCAGAUUUUGAUCUAU